AUGGGCUACUCGUCUACUGCUGGAAGUAAUGCCUUGGCGGACUUUAAACAGGCAGGUGUACUUUUCCGGAAAGAACAUGGGGUGCACGCUGUUUCGACUGCUGACCAUGAUCCAGUUGCCCAGACUGAAGCAUCCAGGUCAAUUGUGGCCAAUGUCCGACUUCCGUCCAAGAUGGCCAUACACAAGCUAGUGGAGGUUUUCUUCAACGAUGUCAACUGGCAGUACUUCAUCAUCGAAAAACAAUACUUUGACUCCUUACUUAACUGUUGGUACGGAACCAAUGUCAAGACCUUGUCGCACCUCAGCCAUGAAGAACUCGGCAGAGAGCUUUACUACUUUCCCGCACUAUUGUUUCAGGUUUUAGGCCUUGCGAUACAGUUUCUACCACUCAAAUCACCUGUCUGGGAAUACUUAUCGCAGGCUGAUAUGGCUUUGUGCCAUAAAUACAGCGAUACGGGUGUGGAGCUGAUGACGCGUGGCCAGAGACCACAUGCGGCUCUCACAGUGGUUCAAGCGGAUUUUCUGAGGGCAUCUUGGUUGAAGAAUAUUGGAAAAGGAGUAGAAGCUUGGCAUAGCAUUGGGAGUGCAAUCCGAUCCGCACAAGAGCUCGAGCUUCAUCGUCACGAGGAACCCUACAAACAUGCUUCGAGCAGUCCUGGGGCAAACCUUAGCCGCAUGUGGUAUGAAGAGUAUAAACGGCGGCUAUGGAUGAACUUGUGUACAUGGGACACUUUGACUGCAAUGAUUCUUGGUCGCCCAAGGGCUAUCCAUCCUGAUGAUUGCGAUGUGGAGGAACCAAAUGAGUGCAACAUCCCGCCAGACCCCUCCAGCUGUGUCCCAGGCUCUCAAGAAGUUAUUGGGGGACGGGACAGGCCCAACACUGUCUCCAGCAACCUAUUCCUGUACCGACUCUCGAAUGUGUGGCAUGCUGCGAAAGAGCAGAAAGCCGAUAGACCUUGGUCAACAGAUUACUCCGUGGUUCAGCAGCUUCAUGACCAGGUGCACCUCAUCAUGGGAAGGCUGCCACUUACACUUCGACACGAGAACCCUGACUUGUCAUGGGAUGAUCAAUACCCAUACUUACGUUAUCAGAGAGAGGAUAUUCUCACAAAGGCCAAUCUAAUGCUAGUGGCAUUGCACCGUCCUCACAUAAAGCACCGGGCCGAGAGUCGGCGCGCCGCAUUACAAGCUUCGAUCGUGAUAUUAGACUCACAACAUCGAUCAUUUAUAAUGGCCAGACCACACCAGUACAAAUUCUUUGGCCUUUCCUUCUACACCAUCGACGCAUCACUACUGCUUUCGGUUGUAACGGCUAGGUAUUUACCACAAAUGGACAGCGCAGUUAUGGCGAAGAUUGAUUCUAUCCUGCAUCAAGCUAUGAACAGAUUGAGUGCGAUGCAUUCAUACAGCCCAAUCGCACGCUCUGGUCUCACCAUUCUCAGCCAGUGUUACAAUGUCCUACAGAUGCGCUUGGAGCGCAGUACUGCUACAUGGUAUCUUCCAAAGGCCGUAGCCACCGAGCCUGGAAAUUUCGCACUAGAUUCUGGAGUUGAUGUGAUGAGCGAUAGCUUGUCAGAACAGCAAUCACAUCUGCCGCUUCCACAAUCGCAAGAACAUAAUCAGCAAGAGCCAGUAUGGGGUGCUCCAACAUCUUUAUCUACCGGUUACUCCGCAUCGAGUCGUCCAAUAUCAAGAGAACUCAAUUCUUCGGAAAGUGGUUGGACAUUUGACACGAGUGUGGAUGCAAGAACCAUACCUACGACUGCCGCUCAGCCAUCUCCACAUCUUGAGCCAUCAACCACUGACUUUGACGAGACGUACUGGCUGAGCAUGAUAAAUGAGGUACCUGACGUGACGAAUACAGAUCCGACGGAAGCUCUAAAGGUUGGCCCGACAGUUGAGGCAGCCUCCAUGGAGUACAAUACUGUUUGGAAUCAGAUUCAAUUUAGGAUUUCGAAAGAACGAAUGCAAACGGCGCAGGCGCAGGAAAAGGCCAUUUCGGCCGAAGAUCACGCCAAGGUCAAGGCGCUGGCAGGCAUGGUCAAGAUGCCACGCAGCUUCAUCUUUAAGAACCCGGACGAGUACGGCAUGGAGGGGUGGUAUGACCUUUCCAUUCAGUCGGAUGAUGGGACACCCCUCGAGGCGUGGUAUAUCCCUGCUCGUGGCGGCGAGAGUGACCGGCUGGUCAUUUUCAACCACGCGUUGCCCAUGUGCCGGGCCGGCUAUCCAGGUCACAUGGGCCCGCCGUGGAGCGAGUUUAUCGAGCCCGUCGAGAUUGACUUUGUCGUCCAGUACAAACACCUGACCGACGCAGGCUACAAUGUCUUGACGUACGACUUUCGCAAUCACGGUCAGAGCGGCGCGGCCAACGGUGGAGUGUCCGGUAUCGGUCAGUGGGAGUGGCGCGACUGCGUCGGCGUAAAGCGCUUUGUCGACAUACACCCUCGCCUCGGCCGCAUGAAAAAGGCCUUGUUCAGUCAGUGCCUGGGUGGUGUCUCUCAAUAUGCGGCCAUUACCAAGCGGCCCGAGCUUUUUGACGAUAUUCGCUGCAUGUGUAGCCCCCUCGUUCCCAACAUGUCGGCAGUGUUUUCUAAGCUGUCCGGCGCCCAGGGUAUUAGCCAGUACCAGGAACUCAUCGAUUUGGAACUCCUCAAGCUGGGAGGCUUCCCCGCCGCCGACAUGUCCGGCAAGCUGUGGGCGCCUAAUGUUAAACUCCCCAUUCUCAUGUGGCAGGUCCACGACGACGCCAUCAUCGAGAACCCGUCCGACGCCCAGAGCACUUUCGACGCUCUGGCCAGCCGCGACAAGGAACUGUACUGGAUUGAAGGCACGACAAAACGCUUCGAAGACGGCUACAACUGGUUCGGCCGCCACCCCGAAAAGGUGCUGGCCUUUUUGAAAAAGUAUACGGACUAA